ACGCGCGUCGUGCACCAGUCGAGCGCUCAGGGGCAGCAAUGAACAGCUCGCUCGCAAGGAGGAAGUCUGGCUUGGACCGUUUGAAUACUUCAAAAAAGCUCCUCACGACGCGUUCAAUGCCCUGAAGGAACGUAGGAAAGAGAACUUCCGGGCAACUUUUUUUUUUUUUUGACAGGCAAUGCCGGAGUUGUGAUGAACUCUCCCGGUGGGUCGAAGGCGCGUUCAAUGCUGUGAUGGACGCUCACCGGGUACCGCAAGUGACAAUCACCCCGGAUGGAGGCGGGUCCUCGCGGGAGAUGCAGCAGGAAGACUGGGGUGAGAACCCCGUGGACGGUGCCCUGCGGAGGAAGCUGUCGACCUCCUCUGUGUCCUCCACCGGCUCUUCUGCGGUGGAGUCUGAAGAUGACCUGCUCAGCGACAGCGAGAGCAAAAGUCGAGGCAUCAUCACUUUGGAACACUUAGUGGACACUGGAGAGAACAAGCCCUGGUGGAAGUUAAAGACCAUCGUCCAAUGGCCCUUUAGCGCCACCCAGAGAAGAAAAGUGAACUGGGUGCAGCUUGCUGGUCAUAAAGGUAACUUUAAAGCGGCGGACGAGGGGACCAUUCUAAAGAAGUACUCCGAGAAUGAGAUGCUGUGUUUCGAGAGGCUGAGAAACGACGCUCUGCUCCCCUUCGUGCCCGUUUACCACGGCAUCGUGGAAAAAGACGGGGAGUCUUUUCUACACAUGGCUGACCUGCUGAUGACCUUCGACCUCCCGAAUGUCAUGGACUGCAAGAUGGGAGUGAGAACCUACUUGGAGGACGAGUUGGUGCGAGCGCGGGAGCGGCCUAAACCGAGGGAGGACCUGUACAACAAGAUGGUGCAGGUGGACGGCGAAGGACCCACUCCCCAGGAACAUUCCCAACGCGGUGUCACCAAACCUCGCUACAUGCAGUGGAGGGAGAGCCUGAGCUCCAGCAACACAAUGGGCUUCAGGAUAGAAGGCAUCAAGAAAUGUGACGGCACGUGUCGGACGGACUUCAAGAAAACCAGGUCAGAGCAGGAUGUCAUGCUGGUGUUCAAGGACUUCGUCGGAGGGAACGCGAAGAUAAUAAAGUCCUACCUGAGCAGACUGUUGGAGAUCCGACAGGCACUGACAGCAUCAGAGUUCUUCAAGCGGCAUGAGGUCAUCGGCAGCUCUCUGCUCUUCAUCCACGACCACACGGGCAACGCACAGGUGUGGAUUAUUGACUUCGGAAAGACCACGGCGCUACCCGAAGGCCACACGUUGAAACACAACGUUCCAUGGCGAGAGGGCAACCGCGAGGACGGAUACCUGUGGGGGCUGCAAAACCUCAUCCACACCCUGGAGGCUGUAAGUGGCGAAGGGAGCAGUCAGGAAUAAACCUGACUCAACUGUAAACGCGGCAGAGGAAGUGGGUGAAAGGUCACCACAGAGAGACAUUUAGUGCGAUGGGGUGUGGGAGUUUUUGUUUUAUUAAGGCUGUGAAAGUGGAACUUUUUUAUGUGAUGUGAAGAAAAGCAGACAUGUGGAAAAAAGUAUUGGGACACCUACAGUACAGGAGGUGUAGCCUACUUGCAUCGCCUGCAGCUGCGGUGUCCAAAGUGCGGAUAAAAUCUGGGCAUGUUAACCCGGCCAGAAUCUAUCCAACGAUAUAACAUGUCGGGAGGUAUUUUGAAGUCAUGGCCUGUACAAAGCUAUUUGUCGCCAUGGUUACACACUGUUACCAAACAUAAGUAGGGAUUUUCUCCCCAUUGGGACCCAUCCAGUGAUACAACGCAAAGUUUUGUCUUUAAAUACAUACAGGCGGUCCUCAUUUUACCGUAUUUCGCCGUUGUUAAUUAUCACUACUCUGUGCAGGGUGCAGGGCCCCGCUAUCCGUGAGGAGCCCUGUUUUGCGUGAAGAAGCGCUUGUAAAAAGUCAGUUAAUGAAUGACCGAGUGUUUCAUAUGAAUUUUAUCGCAAAUGUAUUCCUAGUUCGUCACUGAAAAGAAUACGGCAAAUUACACAGGAAGAACUUAUUGUUUCCUGCAGCACCGUAUCGUUGGCGAUUGGGAGCUAGGAUCGAAUUUUGGUUAGUAACAUCCAUGCAAAUUUAUUUAUAAUUAUGUUUAAUUUAUUUUGCACUUAAAACAUAUUAUCAAACAAUUUCUGUCCCGUUUGAAGACAUAACAUGCAUCAAAUUAAAUUCAAGUUUGGUUAAAAAAGAAAAAAAAAAGGUUUCACAUGAAUAAAAAAAGUAUGACUUUUUUUAAUGAGCGGGGCCUCAAAGUUCAAGUUUGGCUUAGAGUCCUAAUUUAGCCAGGGGUGGCCAUGUUAAUACUGUUCAAAUAGAAAAAGAGAACAAGUUGCAAUAAAUAAGUGGGCGGAGACGUAGUCGCAUGAUUUUAAACAUCACUUUGGUUCUUUGUAGUUAACUUUAUAUGUUUAAUAUCCAUUAUUAAGCAUAAAACAGACUCCCCUGCCAGCAGUGCGUCAAAGUAAAGGAAAGUGAAACAAGACAACCGAACAUAAAUCAAAUUUUUUUUAAAUAAUCGAUUUAAAGUUAAGGUUCCAAUGAUAGUCACACACACACUAGGUGUGGUGAAAUUUGUCCUCCGCAUUUAACCCAUCCCCAUGUUUAAAAACCGGUGGGGUGAGGGGAGCAGUGAGCAGCAGCGCACGCAACCCUUGAUGCUAAAUGCCAAGCAGGGAGGCAACGGGUCCCAUUUUUUAUAGUCUUUGGUAUGACUCGGCUGGGGUUUGAACUCACCACCUACCGAUCUCAGGGCGGACACUCUAACCACAAGGCCACUGAGCUGGUAUCAAUCAUUGCAGCCCUAUUCAAGUUUGAAUAAAAAGUAUAAAAGUAUGAAAAAACUCUGGUAAUGAGUGGGGCCUCAUUGCAAAUUAAAAUUCUGCUUAGGACAUACUUGCCAAACCCCCCCGAAAUCGGAGGUCUCAAGGUUGGCAAGUAUGGCUUAGAACCUCACUUUAAUAUUGUUAUACGAGAAAAAGAGAACUGGAUGCGGACAAUUCGUGCGUGCAAGAAUACGAAGUCGUGCGUUGCUAAUUUGCUUUAGUUAACCUUUGGUCUUUAACCUCCGUUAUGUCUCCCAAGCACAAGGCAGACUCUUCUGAUAGUAGUACGUCAAAGAAAAGGAACAUUUUAAAAAAAGAUAACAUAAAAUGCUCAGAAAUAAAUCAAUCAUCAGACCUAAUGUUUUUUAUCACUUUUCAUGCACAGGCAAGUUGCUACACAAAGAGCUUUACACCAAAAAAAUAAUAACACAUGCACGAAGCAAAAAAAUAAAAAAUAAAAAAAAUAAAAAAAUAUAUAUAUAUAUAUAUAUAUAUAUAUUAAGUAUUUGAAUAAAUAAAUACAACAUUGAGAAUAAUAGUAGUAAUGAUAGCAAUACAUAAAGAAAAAAAUAAACGGAAUGAAAUUGUAAAACCUAAGAGUUUAGAAUAAUCAGUAAAAGACCCAAUAAAAUGUGUGCCUUUUAAUUUAAAAAAAAUAAUGGACUAGAAAGUGAAUGAAUGACGGCUUACAGUGUUGGACCGAAAAUGACUGGAGGAUAAAUAUUGUUUUCUUAGAACUUAUGAAAGGAUAUUCCAUAAAAAAAAGGGAAUAAGCGGUAGAAAAUGGAUGGAUGGAUGGAUCUGUGAUACAUAAGCAGCAUAGUGGUCUCAUUAUAGAGACUUCCUCCUUCCAGUAUACACGCUAACCACAUGGAUGAAAGUUGAAUGUAGCUCUUGUAGUUCAUCUUUUUAUUGCUGAUUUGAACUUUUACCUUUGUGUGUUCUGUGUACAGUCUGGGUUAAUUUAACCAACAUUCUUCUGUAAGUACAGUAGAUACAGUCUUGUCCCCUCUGCCUUUUUAUGAAAUGUAUCAAAUAUAUACAAAUAUCAGCAGUCGCUGGAAACAGCUUUGACAGCCUUGUCUCCGGUGCCAGUAAUCCUGGAACUGAGUGACAUGUUUAUGUGAAGGCCUUCAAGGAGAGCAGUAAACAAACUGACGUCAGUUCAACCGCUCAGCAUUGUGAAACUUUGCUUUUAUUUUAAAAUGCAUUAUCAGAUUGUACAUGAAUACUGAUUUUUGAUUGCGUCACGACCUCCACACUAACCCACGCCCACAAUUAUUUUAUUCUUUAAAUUAAUCACAGCUUUAGUUUAGUUUGCUGAUUUGAAUUAUCUGUUUUGGCCUUGUGAUAAGGUGGUGACUUGUCCAGGGUGUACACCGCCUUCCGCCCGAGUACAGCUGGUAUAAGCUUCAGCACCCACCGCGACCCCGAGAGGGACAAACGGUAGAAAAUGGAUGGAUGGAAGUAGUUUAGUAUAUUAGGCUUUUAAAAUAUACUGAAUUUGGAGUUCAAAUGUAUUUAAAUGCGCUUUUAUUGGAAGAUACACAAUAGCAGGAAACUCACUCUCUGGUUAAUAAAUACAUUAUAAUGGGACUGUCUGUGAAUACAGCUCGAUGCUACAAAAUGGCAUCAUAACGCCGCUUCUUAAUACAAAUCAUAAGCAUGUGGUCUGUAAGGGAAUAAGAAGACAAAGCAGCAGGGAUCAGUAUUGCCAAGUUAGCACAAGUAGUCCUCUAGAUAAUCAUUUUCGAAAAAAGCUAGCAACUUUUUCUGGUGUUGUUGGGUACUUUUAGAGACACAAAUUAUUUUCUGUCCCUCCCAACCACCAGCAGCGCUCACUAUCGUCCAUCUUUUUCGUGUUAUUAAGAGUUAUAAUGUAAGAUUUUAGUGUUUUUUAAGCACAUCCCAAAACCUAUUUUUUUUUAAAUAAAUUUAGCAUUUAAAGGCUAAGUGAAGUAAAAUAUCCAUACUACAGUAGUAUUGGCCUAUAGAUGAGACCAAACCUGCUUAGUAUUAUGGCCACUGAUUGCAUUAUUAUAUUGGAUUCAAAAAGUGUAUAGAUGAAUAAUUUCAUGUUUAGAUAGUUUUUAUAAUGUUAACAACGUAUUUAGAAUGUAGGUACAUUUAUUUAUGUCUGUACAAUAACAUGCAUUAACACUGAGGAGACCUAUUUUUGAAGUUUUCAGGUGGAUUUAUUUCCCAUUCUCUCCGUUGUGGUAAUUUAGUCUUCAUAUUGCGCCACACACUAUCGAUGGGAGACAGGUCUGGACUAAAGGCUGGCCAGGAAAGUACCCGCACUCUUUUACUAUGAAGUCACGCUGUUGUAACAUGUGGCUUGGCAUUGUCUUGCUAAAAUAAGCAGGGGCGUCCAUGAUAACAUUGCUUGGAUGGCAACAUAUGUUGCUCCAAAAUCUGUAUGUACCUUUCAGCAUUAAUGGUGCCUUCACAAAUGUGUAAGUUACCCAUGCCUUGGGCACUAAUACACCCCCCAUACCAUCACAACCUACUCAGUGGCCUAGGGGUUAGAGUGUCUGCCCUGAGAUCGGUAGGUUGUGAGUUCAAACCCCAGCUGAGUCAUACCAAAGACUAUAUAAAAAAUGUGACCCAUUGCCUCCCUGCUUGGCACUCAGCAUCAAUGAUUGGAAUUGGGGGUUAAAUCACCAUAAAUGAUUCCCGGGCGUGGCACCGCUGCUGCCCACUGCUCCCCAAUGGCUCAAAUGCGAGGACAAAUUUCACCACACAUAGUGUGUGACAAUUAUUGGUACUUUAACUUUAACAGAUGGUAUGGGGUUAUUUUCCUCUUUGGUCCGGAGGACAUGACGUCCACAGUUUCCAAAAACAAUUUGACCACAGAACAGUUUUCCACUUUACAUCACUCCAUCUUAGAUGAGCUCGGGGCCAGCGAAGCCAGCGGUGUUUCUGGGUAUUGUCUAUAAAUGGCUUUGGCUUUGCAUAGUAGAGUUUAAACUUGCACUUACAGAUGUAGCGACCAACUGUAGUUACUGACAGUGGUUUUCUGAAGUUUUCCUGAGCUCAUGUGGUGAUAUCCUUUGCACACUGAUGUCGCUUUUUGAUGCAGUACCAGCUGAGGGAUCAAAGGUCCAGAAUAUCAUCGCUUACGUGCAGUGAUUGCUCCAGAUGCUCUGAACCUUUUGAUGAUAUUAUGGACCUUAGAUGGUGAAAUCCUGAAAUUCCUUGCAAUAGCUCUUUAAAAAAUGUUGUUCUUUAACUGUUUGACAAUUUGCUCACACAUUUGUUGAUAACUUGAUGACGCUGGCCCCAUCCUUGUUUGUGAAUGACUGAGCAUUUCAUGGAAGCUGAUUUUACAUCCAUUCAUGGCACCCAUCUGUUCCCAAUUAGCCUGUUCGCUUGUGGGAUGUUCCAAAUAAGUGUUUGAUGAGCAUUCCUCAACUUUCUCAGUCUUUUUUGCCACUUGUGCCAGCUUUUUUUGAAACAUGUUGCAGGUAGACAUCAAAUUCCAAAUGAGCUAAUGUUUGCAAUAAAUAAAGUUUUUCACUUUGAA